AUGAAGAUGAGACGCCACAAGCUUUUUCUGACUCUGUGCAUGGCUGGUCUCUGCCUCAUCUCUUUCCUUCACUUCCUGAAGGCCCUCUCCUAUGUCACAUUCCCUAGGGAGCUGGCAUCGCUGAGCCCCAACUUGGUCUCUAACUUUUUCUGGAACAAUGCGCCUGUCACUCCUCAAGUCAGCCCCGAGCCGGGGGGGCCGGAGUUCCUCCGCACACCACUGUAUUCCCACUCACCUUUGCUUCAGCCUCUCUCCCCGAGCAGAGCCAGUGAGGAGUUGCACAGAGUGGAGUUUGUGCUGCCUGAAGACAUUUCAGAAUACUUUGUACAUACCAAAGCUGGAGGGGUCUGCUUCAAGCCGGGGACUAAGGUGCUGGAAAAGCCACUAGUAGGCCGGCUGGAAGAGAAACUAGAGGGAGCCGCUUCAGAGCGCGCAGGCCGGAAGCCUCUGAGCACUAAUGGGACCAAACGGCGGAAGUGGGUGGAGUGCGUAUGCCUGCCUGGUUGGCACGGGCCUAGCUGCGGGGUGCCCACUGUCGUCCAGUAUUCGAACCUCCCCACUAAAGACCGUCUGACCCCACGAGAGGUACCCAGGAGAGUCAUUAAUGCAAUCAAUGUGAACCAUGAAUUUGAUCUCUUGGAUGUGCGUUUCCAUGAACUGGGGGAUGUGGUGGAUGCCUUUGUUGUCUGUGAAUCGAAUUUCACAGCCUACGGUGAGCCACGCCCACUCAAGUUCCGCGAGAUGCUGCUCAACGGGUCCUUUGACUAUAUCCGCCACAAGGUGCUCUAUGUCUUCCUGGAUCACUUCCCUCCUGGUGGCCGGCAGGAUGGCUGGAUCGCCGACGACUAUCUGCGCACGUUUCUGACUCGGGACGGCGUCUCUCGCCUCCGCAACUUGCGGCCUGACGAUGUUUUCAUCAUCGAUGACGCAGAUGAGAUCCCGGCCCGUGACGGCGUGCUCUUUCUCAAACUUUACGAUGGCUGGACAGAGCCCUUUGCUUUCCAUAUGCGCAAAUCUCUCUACGGCUUCUUCUGGAAGCAGCCUGGCACCCUGGAGGUGGUUUCUGGUUGCACAAUUGGAAUGCUUCAAACCGUUUAUGCCACAGAUGGGAUCCGUCUUCGCCGGAGGGAGUAUUACACCAUGCCCGGCUUCCGGCAAUAUGAAAACAGCACAGGCCACAUCCUGGUCCAGUGGUCCCUGGGCAGUCCUCUCCAUUUUGCUGGCUGGCACUGCUCUUGGUGCUUCACACCUGAGGGAAUCUACUUCAAACUGGUGUCAGCACAGAAUGGGGACUUUCCCCGCUGGGGGGACUACGAGGACAAGCGGGACCUCAAUUAUAUCCGCGAGCUAAUCCGGACUGGUGGGUGGUUUGAUGGUACCAUUCAGGAGUACCCUCCUGCAGACCCCAAGGAACAAAUGUAUGCCCCUAAAUAUCUGCUGAAGACCUACCAGCGCUUUCGUUACUUACUGGAAAACCCCUACCAGAAGGCAGAGGGGGCUGGGUGA